AAGGUCGAGAUUUGUUUCGAAGUUUGUAUGAAUGAAGCUUAUCCUAAUAUCUCCGAGCGCCAAGCGGUAAGUCAGUCCGCCAGUUUACUCGGGCAUGCUCGCUGCCAAAACUAAAGUUCGAGACCACGUGACAGGCUUGUUACCAGGAGUUCAUCCCGCGGAUGUCUAACCUAGUUCGAGAAAGUUUCCACUGAAUGGAAAGUUCGCAUCCAGGGUUUGUGUAUUAUACACAAAUUGAGCAUGAAUCGGCUUUUCGAACAAGUUUCGUUACCACGAGCAACGCACGGCGUCCUACGUCUGGUACAAUGACCCAGGUCGCGAUUCGGCCUAUCGUGCACGUACGUGCGAAUCAACUUGCCGCUCCGCGUGUGACGUUCGCCAAUCACGGACUGCGUGUGGAUAAUCUUUUAAACGUAGUUACGUAUCACGCGCCUCCGUGCAAUAUUACGGAUAAAAAAAUAUUCCCGGUACGUAGAACGCUUUCAAACAUAUACAAGAGCCGCACUCUACCCUUUCCCUUGCAAGUUCGCAGCAUUGUUACGACUCCCCGGGUGGGCCUGGAACAGUUUAUCCUUUUUUUUAUCCGAUCGUCUUCAGUUUCACGGUGGUAAGAAUUUCGCUCCCGGCGGGGUGAAUCGAACGCGCGCGAUUGAAAGAGGGUUUCUACGGUAGUUCGCUCCGGUGUUCUCUUUGUGAAAAAUCACUCGCGAGCGAUCCUAAGUAGUAUAGCUGCGGCAUGGCGAAACGCAAGAACCGCUCUCGCCUUUCACAAUCAGCUCCUGUCGCAUGUUGGCGGCCUCAGGAUUGCCCGUUGAACGAAACUGCCGAGUGUAAACGAACCUUAAGGAAUUGCGCGAGGUGGAGGUGGUGAGCCAACGCAACGCAAUGCGAGGCAUAAGCACGGCGUGAGGCGGCGUUCCCUCUGCCAGGUGCCUGAUGCUUCGGAUGUUUUAAUGCUACGUGUACACGGUACGUCAGUCGAGUUAUGCCUCCAUAACUGUACGCGUUAUACGCUUCUACGUCCUCUGCGCCCAGUCUACCAUCUUGGAGGCUAAGAGGCGUAGAGGCUAAAAAAAUCGAAAUUAUCAACGACAAGCAGAGUUACGGAGAUCCGACCGGUCCUCGUUACAUUAUUACAACUUGACAGAAGCUGACGGACGUCCCGAUAUUACGAGAAUUUUUUAUCCGGAUGCGAAUGACGGUCGAUGCUCGGUGAGCCGAUGUCCGUCUCUCUAGGAGUCGAGAUGGAAGAAGUCCCGAGUCCGGCCGCUGCACCGUAGCCUAAUAAAAUGAUGUCCCAGGCAGCCACCGACGGUCCUGAGCCCUCAUAGAGGGACCCCGGGGAGUGGGAAGGACUCGGAGUCGAAGUUUAUUGAUUUUUAGGGUGACACUGUCAACCGGCGUUGAGUCUCCCGCGAUGGGAGACUUUCAAGCGGGAAAAAUAGAGGAGGAAAGAACGAGCGGUGGGUAAAGAGAAGUAAAAUAAAAAAAAAAAAAAGAAAGAAAGAAAAAAAGAGGGAGAAGGAAUAUGACGCGGCGCUGGUGACGCGAAACUAGUGACGCCGCGGCGCACGUUGCAACGCAGUACGUAGAAAGUUACCUGCAUACCAACCCCGAAGCGACGUUAGACUCGGAUAGAUAUAAUUCUACGAAUCUGACAAUCCUGCAGUUACACGACGCGAUUAUACUUGUGUGGACGAAUAAGUUAUAAAGCGUCGGGAUCGAAGUAAAUAGGGAAACAGAAAUCGCCGUGUCCGUCCGUGUACGUCCGUCGAUGACUGUAAAAGAAAGACGGCGACGUAACUCGUCGACAACUGCAGCGUUGUGAAAUACGUGUUGAACGAAAAUCGCAGGUACUCUCGAUUACACGUAAAUUGUGUUGUUCGUACGCCUCUCGUUCGCCGGUGAAAUAACACGCAUCCCGAGACACAUGAAGCGGUCUGCAUGGGAUCAGGAUUAUAGUUACCACCGUCAGGGGGUGCUUUCGGAGUGACGUUGACGCGCGGUGCAUAUAAGAGAGACGUAACGCGACUACCCCUCUCUUACGAAGCGUCAAACCCGCGGCGUAACCAUAGAAGAUAGAAAAAGGCGUCGGUGGCGGUGCGUUAACGGAAGGGCAGGGACGUGAAGGGAGGCGAGGCUAGGGGCGUGGAGGGGAGGGGGCGCCAUGUGGUGCCUUCGAACGUCGCCGCGGAGCGUCGAGAGUCGCCACUGCCUCCGCUAAAAAUGGCAGCACUCGGUGGCUUCUCGCUUGAUAAUUUUUGCCGAAGACCUAAAAAGAAAUCUCCUCUUACCAGUUGACAGUUGGGCGCAAGGGACGAACGGCGCACGUGGCCCUCGCGCGUACAAACGAGAUAAAUUAAUUUACAGUGCGUGAGGUGCUGUGCCUGCUUAUAUUUACGUACCUACGCGAGUACACGCGUACGUAGAUUUUGUUAUACGUAUGUAGUAGGUACGAUAUCACUCGUCUCUGGUAAUCGCGCGACGUGCGUACGGUUGUAUUUCUAUAGCUGUAUGCAACGUAUAUAGUUUGCAUACUCAGCCUCGAAGUUGUACUGUUCAUACAUACGUACAUACAUGUAUAUUAUUAUUCGUAAAGUACCCUGGUGAAAAUUUUUUACUCUCUUACAAUUAGUAGGUGCGUUUUAAACUUAUACGUUAUACAUCAGGCUUCGGUGGCGGAAACAAGUGCAUCGGUAUACGUAUAUAUAAUAUAUGUAAUAACUAGUUGACAGUGAAACUAAUGAAAACGAAAAUAUUAAUCAAGAAAAAAAUUAAUAAACAACAGUGAUGUAUAUAUAUAUAUGAUAUAUGUACGCGAGUGUAAAUUUAUUCACCGACCACACAUUGUAUGAUAUAGGUGUAUUUAAACAUGUAUUGCGAGAUUAAAAAUACGCGUUUAUGAAAAAAAAAAUUCUUUUCAACCCUUUAAACAAUUGUUUCGUACGAAACACUUUGAAGAUUGUUUUAUUAAUUUAAUUAUUUUCAUCCGCGCAAAAUACACAUCGUAUAUCUGCACUUGAAGUAGGAAGUUUACGCAACCUCGAAUCAGCGUUCGCUUGUUACUUCUCAGUCUUCUUUACAUUGUUUUUUCUCCUACAUUCUCUUAACUCGCGUACGGCCCGAAGUGCGUGUUCGAAGGGUCGUCAUUUUCAGCUUGACGAAAGUUCUCUCUCGCCGCGAAGUGUUCAUUGUUUUGAUUUGUUGGUUGUGUGCAACGGUGUAACAUGUAUAUUCCUAAGCGCGGGCUAGCUAGUCAAGCGAUGAACUUUAUAAUGCACGAAUAACAACAACGGCUGCAACAACUCAACAACAACAAUAAUAAUAACAACAAUCCGCGACGCGUUUACGUAAUAUCCUGUGUAUACACCUAUUUCUGCCACUGUUUUUCAGCGAGAAUUUUCAUUGUUUUUACAUUCAUCUUUAACCCUCUUCUCGAUAAUGUCAAGAUACUGAAUUACACCUAUCCGUCACGUCAAAACUCUGAUCGGCCGAGGAACUCGAGCGUCGGUUGAAUUAACCACUCGAUAACACGAAAAUCUCGGAGUAAGAAUCCGCAGUCGCAUUUGUGUCUCGAGAGUCGAAAGUUUCCUACGCUGUACGGAAGGUAUUUUGAUUACGGUGGUGUUUACUUACUCGCUCUAGCCUCUCCUCCUACGGCUAUCGUCGUCUCCCUCCCUCUCGGCCGCCCCUCCCCCCCCCUUCCGCCAACCAAACGUUCCGAUUGUGAGAGGGAGUUCGUCUCUUGUUGUGUGGUGUGUCGAGUGUUUGUGUGGCAUGUCGCGAAAAAAUAUUUGGUACUACUCGUAUGUCGCGAGGCGUGUGACGGUUAGUUUCGGGUUAAAAUAAUGAAUGAAAAGGGUGAUAAAUAUAUUCGCUGAUAGAGAGCGAUGCGCGGCACGGUGACGGCGGAUUAUCCACGCGACCUACGUUCACGUUUCUUUAACCUAUCGCCGAGGAAGUGGUGCGUGAUUGUGAGAACUGUUGUUUGGCCGCUGUCGAUAGUAAGUCGAUAUUGAGGAGGAGGAAAAUAACGAGGAACAGACGGAGGAGAGAAACGAGACGAGAGGCUUGACGAGUCGGAGCGAAAGAGAGUUAGAGACGCGGAGAGAGAGCGUGAGAGAGGAGAAGAGCGAGAGAGGGAAUUCCGAAUGGAAGUGAGACGACGGUGCGGAGGAAAAAAAAAUGCCGGCAACGGGAUGCGGUAAUUUUUCGUCUAUUAAAACGAGCGUAAAACGGAGCUUCGAUGGAAAUACUAACCCCGUUACGAGGCGGUUAAAUAUAAUGUACGAAAGCAGAGUUUAACAGUGCCCAACGGAUAUUUAACCUCGCCUGUUUACCAACGCGAUUCUACGCGCGUUUGAGGUUAGGUCGCCGCCGGUACAUAACCUCUCUCACCAUCGUCGUCAUCCUCAUCUAUUCGUCUCUUCGUCGAAAAUAUAACGGUUAUAUUUCGCCAAUCAGGAGACUACGUUACGGAAUGAACGCAUUGAUGACCAAAUAAUGAAGGCGAAUGGAACGAAUAAUGGCUGUAGCCGUCUGAAUACGCCACUGGCUGCGACCACCACGCUGGAGGACCCAGGGACACCUGCCUCCUGGAAGGGCCCGCCGCCCGGAUCGGAGGCUUCGCCGUUCACGCCGAACUCUGUCGGUCAAGGACCAGGACCAGGUUCGGGACCUUACAAUAAUUCGGGAGGCCCACCGAGCAACACGGGUGGGUUUCAGGGCCCCAGCCCGUUCCCCGGUGGGGCGGGCAGUCCGGCAGGGGCCCCACCUUAUCAGGGGCCGCCCCCAGGCUCCGGAACGCCUCAGUACACCGCGUCGCCUGCACCAAGCGGCUCGUCGACUCCCGGUCCAGUGCCGCCCCCUAAUUCUGCGGGAUUUCCACCCCCACCGAACAAUUCCGGACCUCCUUACAAUGGCCCGGGCCCAAGUCCGUUUGGAUCCCCGUCCGGAGGACCUCCGCAGUUUGUGGGACGACCGGGUUCGUCCGGACCACCCUUUGUGCCCCCCGGUGCAGGUAAUCCUCACUUUCCGUCACCAGGACAACCUUUCGGUGGUCCGCAGUAUGGAAUGCCACCUGGGAGCCCGUUCGGACCUGGCGGACAUUCCAUGGGCGGUCCCAUAGGCCCUGGACAUCCUGCGAUGAUGGGAACCGGUGGACCCGUCGACAGGAUGGAUCAAGGAUCGUUGCCUGUCCUCAGGAGGCACACCCCGUACUUUGGCCAGCCUGACUACCGCCUCUACGAGCUCAACAAGAGGUUACAGCAGCGGACAGAGGAAAGCGACAACCUUUGGUGGGACGCGUUUGCGACUGAGUUUUUUGAAGACGACGCGACGCUCACGCUGACGUUUUGUUUAGAAGAUGGACCUAAGAGAUAUACGAUAGGAAGGACGUUAAUACCGAGGUACUUCCGUUCGAUAUUUGAGGGCGGUGUUACGGAGCUUUAUUAUAAUAUGAAACACCCGAAGGAAUCGUUUCACAACACUAGUAUAACACUGGACUGUGAUCACUGUGUCAUGGUCACCCAUCACGGGAAACCUAUGUUCACUAAGGAUGAAAUGCAAUUUGAAAUGUACGUAUUCCAGGUCUGUACAGAGGGUAGGCUAAUAUUGGAAUUCACAUUCGACGACCUGAUGAGGAUAAAGUCGUGGCACAUGUCGGUGAGAACACAUCGAGAGCUAGUUCCCCGAUCCGUGGUCAGUAUGCACACCGCGCAACAGGAUCCCACGAUGCUUGAACAGUUGAGCAAAAAUAUCACGAGACAAGGCAUCACGAAUUCUACCCUCAAUUAUUUAAGGUUAUGCGUCAUACUUGAACCGAUGCAGGAACUGAUGUCAAGGCACAAAGCUUACGCGUUAUCGCCUCGCGACUGUCUGAAGACAACUUUAUUCCAGAAGUGGCAGAGGAUGGUUGCCCCGCCGGGUAAGAGAGAGUCACAGAGGCCGGCGAAUAAGAGAAGAAAGCGAAAGGCCAGCGCGUCUGGCCCAGGAAAUAACGCGCCACCAGCACCUAGUAAAAAAAGGUCCCCAGGCCCUAAUUUUUCACUGGCGUCUCAGGACGUAAUGGUCGUGGGUGAACCCUCUUUGAUGGGUGGUGAAUUCGGCGACGAAGACGAACGGUUAAUCACACGAUUGGAAAACACGCAAUACGACGCGGCUAAUAGCUUAGAUCCCCACAGUCAUGAUACGUCCGGAGGUCCUCCACCGCAUCCUCACCAAUUUCACUCCGAGCCAAAUGCCGGAAAUUCUUGGCCUCCAGAUCGCGGUCCAGGCCCGCCACAAGGUGGUCCAGGAAAUCAGGGAGUUCAAGGGUCCCAGGGUGGCGGCGGAGCUGGAGUUCAGGGUUCGCAGGAUGCCAACCAGCAACAGCAAGACAAAAAAAGCCCCGCUGUGAGUCAGUGA